CCCUUCCCCGCCCAGCCUCCCCUUCUUCCCCGUGGCCCAUCCCCGCGGGCUAAUAUGGUCUCCGGCGAUGGACGCCCCAAGUGCAGGAUACACCUUUGAGUACCUUAUUGAAACAUUAAAUGACAGUUCACGCAAGAAGUUCUUCAAUGUACCUAAAUUUGGAGGCACGAAGUAUGAUGUUCUGCCUUACUCAAUACGGGUCCUGUUGGAAGCUGCUGUGAGAAGUUGUGAUGGCUUCUUAGUGAAGAAGGAAGAUGUCGGGAACAUUCUGGACUGGAAGACCACGCAGAGCAGAGUCGAGGUGCCCUUCUUCCCAGCCCGUGCUCUUCUUCAGGAUUUCACUGGAAUACCAGCAAUGGUGGAUUUUGCUGCUAUGAGGGAGGCAGUGAAAACUCUUGGAGGUGAUCCUAAGAAAGUCCAUCCUGCCUGUCCGACAGACCUCACAGUUGACCAUUCUUUGCAGAUUGACUUCAGUAAAUGUGCAAUACAGAACGCUCCCAAUCCUGGCGGCGGGGACCUGCAGAAAGCAGGAAAGCUUUCUCCACUUAAGGUGCAGCCCAGGAAGCUCCCCUGCAGAGGCCAGACCACCUGCCGAGGCUCCUGUGGUCCUGGAGAACUGGGCCGUGGCUCAGGAAGACCAUCCGCGCAGAUUGAGAGCACACCCCUUCUGUGCCCUUUUCAUUUGCAACCAGUGCCUGAACCUGAAACAGUGUUAAAGCACCAAGAAGUAGAAUUCGGCAGAAACCGAGAGAGGCUUCAGUUUUUCAAGUGGUGUUCCAGAGUGUUCAAGAACGUGGCUCUCAUCCCUCCCGGGACUGGAAUGGCUCAUCAAGUGAACUUGGAGUACUUGUCAAGAGUGGUUUUUGAAGAAGAGGACCUCCUCUUUCCAGACAGUGUUGUUGGCACAGACUCCCACAUAACCAUGGUGAAUGGUUUGGGGAUCCUGGGGUGGGGGGUUGGAGGCAUCGAAACAGAAGCAGUUAUGCUGGGGCUGCCUGUUUCCCUCACGUUGCCCGAGGUGGUGGGAUGUGAGUUAACUGGCACAUCGAACCCUUUUGUUACAUCCAUAGACGUUGUUCUUGGCAUCACAAAGCACCUCAGGCAAGCAGGAGUGGCUGGAAAGUUCGUUGAGUUUUUCGGAAGUGGAGUUUCACAGUUAUCUAUAGUGGAUCGAACUACAAUAGCAAACAUGUGUCCAGAAUACGGUGCUAUCCUCAGCUUUUUCCCUGUUGACAAUGUGACGUUAAAACAUUUAGAACAUACAGGUUUUGACAAAGCCAAACUCAAAUCAGUGGAGACCUACCUUAAAGCUGUGAAGUUGUUCAGAACUGACCAGAAUAGUUCGGGAGAACCUGAGUACUCCCAGGUGAUCCCGAUUAACCUGAAUUCAAUAGUUGCUUCUGUCAGUGGUCCCAAACGACCGCAGGAUCGAGUUGCUGUGACAGAGAUGAAGAGUGAUUUCCGAGCUUGCUUAAGUGAGAAGGUCGGGUUCAAAGGCUUCCAGAUUGCAGCCGAAAAGCAGAACGAUGCCGUGUCUGUUCACUACGAAGGCCAUGACUACCAGCUGUCGCACGGGUCUGUGGUCAUCGCCGCGGUCACCAGUUGCACCAAUAACUGCAACCCGUCCGUCAUGCUCGCUGCAGGCCUUUUGGCUAAGAAAGCUGUUGAAGCUGGUCUGCGUGUUAAACCGUAUAUAAGAACAAGCUUAUCGCCGGGCAGUGGGAUGGUCACGCAUUACCUCAGUGCCAGUGGAGUGCUGCCGUAUCUGAGUAAGCUCGGAUUUGACAUCGUUGGCUAUGGCUGCUCGACGUGCGUGGGGAACACAGCGCCCUUGUCAGAAGCUGUCCUGAGUGCUGUGAAGCAGGGUGAUUUGGUUACUUGUGGAGUUUUAUCUGGAAACAAAAACUUCGAAGGUCGUCUUUGUGACUGUGUCCGUGCCAGUUAUCUGGCCUCUCCGCCCUUAGUGGUGGCUUACGCCAUAGCCGGCACCGUGAACAUCGACUUCCAGACAGAGCCUUUAGGUACUGACCCCACCGGCAAGAAUAUCUACCUGCAUGAUAUUUGGCCUAGUCGAGAAGAAGUUCAUCAGAUAGAGGAAGAACAUGUUACAUUAUCCAUGUUUAAAGCAUUAAAAGAGAAAAUAGAGAUGGGUGAUAAACGGUGGAAUUCCUUAGAAGCUCCGGAUUCAGUUUUGUUUCCGUGGGACUCAAAGUCCACGUAUAUCAGAUGUCCCUCGUUUUUUGACAAGCUUACCAAAGAGCCAGUUGCCCCCCCACCCAUUGAAAAUGCCCACGUCUUACUGCAUCUGGGAGACUCCGUCACGACAGACCACAUCUCGCCGGCGGGAAGCAUCUCCAGGAGCAGUGCUGCUGCUAAGUAUCUGACAAACAGAGGGCUUACCCCUCGUGAAUUCAACUCUUACGGAGCCCGGAGAGGCAAUGACGCUGUGAUGACAAGAGGCACUUUUGCAAAUAUCAAACUUUUUAAUAAGUUUAUUGGAAAACCGGCUCCCAAAACCAUCCAUUUUCCGUCAGGACAGACGCUGGACGUGUUCGAGGCUGCAGAGCUGUACCGGAGAGAAGGCGUCCCCGUCAUCAUCUUAGCAGGGAAGAAAUACGGUGCAGGGAGUUCCAGGGACUGGGCUGCCAAAGGACCAUAUUUGCUGGGUGUGAAAGCUGUUUUGGCUGAAAGUUAUGAGAAAAUUCACAAAGAUCACUUGAUUGGAAUGGGCAUAGCUCCGCUUCAGUUCCUCCCGGGAGAAAGUGCAGACUCCGUGGGCCUCUCCGGCAGAGAAACGUUCUCCUUAGCGUUUCCUGAAGAACUGUCUCCUGGAGUUACGUUAAGUGUGAAGACAAGCACUGGAAAAGUAUUCAGCGUGAUGGCUUUAUUUGAAAAUGACGUGGAGAUAACAUUGUUCAAACAUGGAGGAUUAUUGAACUUCGUGGCACGGAAGUUCCCCUAGUACCUGCUCACCAGAGACACCUUCCCAGUCUGGUGACCGCAAACCAGGCCUUUCGUGCUGGACCCAGGGAUCCUCACCAUGGAGCUGCAGGUGCCGGACGCUCGCUUAUCUCACCCAUGGAUGAAAUCGAUUAUGAAUCACGUAGUGACAGAAAUGAAAUCUUGAUUUUAAAUACUAUAUGAAUGGUGCUAUUAACAUUGCUAAAAUCAACGUGUGAAGUGUGUUGUGGAAGAGAUCGGUAAGUAUGAGGGGUGUUUUAUCAGACUGUUUUGUAAAUAAAGGCAGAAUUUGAGCUUGUAUUGAAGAUUCUUAUAUGAAGAACCUUCCUGAAGUUGUUUAGUUUUGCUUCUGUAAAACUGGAUACGGCUGUUUGUUGGUUGAAAAGUAGGAGGUUAAAACAUAAGAAACCAGAUUAGACUCUAAAAUCGUGAAAGUUGGAAUCUGAUUCAUAAGUGGACUUCCAGAUAUAUUCAUUCCUUUUCAGAAUUGUGCUGGAUGUAGUUGGCUUUCUUAGUUCUAUCAAAGGGUAGAGCCUGCCCCAGACAGAAUCACUGUCCUGAGGACGGACGUGACAGGAAACCACUGCAGCAGGUGCCUGCCACCGGCGAGCAGUGGCCGCCGGGACCGUGCCUGCAGCCCUCAGUUACCUGGUCGGUGGCUGCAGAGGCCUCUGGCAGGGCCCUCUGCUUCGUCUGCAGUGAGGGAGAUGACUUUGCUCACCGUAUGUGAUGCCAUCACUUCCUAGGACCUAACAUUUUGGGUGUCAUUAACCAAAAUUCCACCCUAGUUUGAGUUGCUAAAGAGAAUUUUAUUUAAUCACUAAACACUAAAAUUAUUUCCUCUAGACUUUUAAAUUGUCCUUUCUAAAUUAUAUGGUUGCUCAGCGAUAGGCAUUUUUAAAUGUCGGUUAUUUUUUAAUUAUUUAGGUUGAUUUCCUGUCAUUUUGAAUCAUUGUUUUACCUGGGAUGUAUGAUUCUGUGCGUGGUGUUACGUUCUUUUGUUUUAACCAAAGCUGACCAUUGGGAUGGAACACUGAGGUUGUUGCCCAGCGCCAUGUUUCUCUAGAUGCUAUCUGUUUACCGCCUCGAACGCCCUGUCACCAAGAAGUUCAGCAGUUUUUAAGAAACAGGUUGGAUGAUGAAUUCCAGAAAGUCCUAUGCCCCCUUUUUAAUCAAGAAAUUAACUUUCACAGCAAAAGGUGAUUACAGUGAUUUUUUUUUUUUCACAUAAAGAUCUUCAGUGUGACCUACUUAAGUUACCAUGACUCCUCAUUAGAGCCCAGAGCCAGGGCCCUGUGCUCGGCACCUGAGCAGAGACCUGGAGCCCUCUGCACAGGCGCUCAGUCAGCCUGCAGAAUGCUCUGCAGACGGUUCACACAGUCAGACGGGCAAGGGCUUGACAACUUCCCUUUUGUAUAAGUAUUUUCUGUGGUACUUUCACAUUGAAUUGUGUUCUUAAUAUUUUUUCUGUGUAUUUCUCAGUGCAUGUGUUUCUAAUUUACAUGAAAACAUGAGUUAGGGAUAGAGAAUUUCCAAGUUGAAUGUUGAAAUACCUGUGAUAGGCUUUGAAGAAAUAAUUCCAAAAUGGGGAGGGGUGUCUGCAUUAUUUUUCAGCAGAUUAUGAUCUAGAGCCGGUGGGCAGAGACCUGGGUGUCAUACACAUCUGACCCAGGAGAGGGAGACAAAGCCAGCUGGGAAUUAAGCACUGCACUGCCCAGUCUGCCCAGCCCAGUAGUAGUACAAGCGCACCUUGUAUUUCAGGAACAGGAUCUCAAGGGUCCCCUAACCUCUUGCUUGUACACAGUGAACCAAAAAGCUUGAAAGCACAACUGUCAGUUGGGGAGGGGAUGCAUGGAUGUGAGUCCCGGUGUGUACCUACAGCUCUGCCUCUAGCCAAAUACUGUGUUUUCACAAAUGUGGCAUCUCUUGGUUUUUAUUGUUUUACUGGUCUCGUUGGUUAACGACAUCCGGGGGGUGUUGGGUAAAGAAUACAUUGUGGCAAGGACGUGUGAUGGUCACACAAGAGGUGUGGGUGGAGGAAAAGCACGUCAUGCUGUACACGAUCGCCAUGUCUCAUGCCUUCGGGUAUGUGACUCCCCAUAAAAUGACAUCAGUGAAAUGGCACCCGGCCUCUGGAUCACUGUUGUUCUACCUGACGUUUCCAUACUGGCAGGUGCCAUUUUUUCUUGUUUUAUCUCUAGAUGUCCAAGGUGAUGUGUGAAUAAGGUGUCAGGAUCCCUUUAGCCAGAAAAUUGCUCAGUUCUCCACUGGUGACCAAACUUCAGUGUCACCAAAGGGAAAAGCACAGCCAGACCUAGAACAGUCAUGUUUGUUCGCACACACGUGACAGUGUGUGCAUGGCCUUCUGGGUGGUGAGUGACGGUGGGAGGAAUGCAUUGACUGACGUGUCCUGUGGUCGGAUGAGAAGACCCUUCCCUUCUGCCUGUCGGUGUGGGAGACGGUACUGAGGUACUGGGUGUCGACUCUCAGUUUGACCCGGAGCAAUAAAGAGGGGAGGCAGGUGGACCCGGGCUUCUCCAGUGGCCUUCUCCUUAGUGUGACGGUGCCGAUAUUUCUAUCAACUGUACACAUGAUACCUGACUAUGAAAACAUGUAUCUCACUUAAGUAACUACAGAUUGUCAAUUAUUUAAAGCCAACAAAACAGUGUAUCAGUUUUAAGUUCAACGAUGUUAAGUAUUGUAUAGAAAUAUAUUGGAAGCAAAGUUCAGUUGAUGACAAUUGUGUAU